GUACCAGUGCACUUGCCUGGACGGGGCGGUGGGCUGCGUGCCGCUCUGCAGCAUGGACGUCCGCCUGCCGAGCCCCGACUGCCCCUACCCGCGCCGAGUGAAGCUCCCUGGAAAGUGCUGCGAGGAGUGGGUCUGCGACGAGGCCAAGGAGCAGACCGCCGUGGGACCUGCUCUUGCUGCUUACAGACUGGAAGACACAUACGGUCCAGACCCAACGAUGAUGCGUGACAACUGCCUGGUGCAGACCACGGAAUGGAGUGCUUGCUCCAAGACCUGUGGCAUGGGCAUCUCAACCAGAGUCACCAAUGAUAAUGCCUUCUGCAGACUAGAGAAGCAGAGUAGGCUGUGCAUGGUCAGACCUUGUGAAGCAGACCUGGAGGAGAACAUCAAGAAAGGCAAAAAAUGCAUUCGCACCCCCAAAAUCUCCAAGCCCAUCAAGUUUGAGCUCUCCGGCUGCACCAGCGUGAAGACCUACAGAGCUAAGUUCUGUGGUGUCUGCACUGAUGGGCGCUGCUGCACACCCCACAGAACAGCCACCCUCCCCGUGGAGUUCAAGUGCCCUGAUGGCGAGAUCAUGAAAAGGAAAAUGAUGUUCAUCAAGACCUGCGCGUGCCACUACAACUGCCCUGGAGACAAUGACAUCUUUGAGUCUCUGUACUACAGAAAGAUGUACGGAGACAUGGCAUAAAGCCAGAAGGAGACGCUAACUAGAUUCUCAACUUGAACUGAUUUGCAUCUCAUUUUGUAAACAUGAUUCAAUAGCACAAGGUAUUUAAAUCUUUUUUUUUUUUUAAUUUCAACAAACUGCUCCAUGUGACUUAAGACGAUUUUUCUACUGACCCCAAAUGGUGGUUUGAAGAAGAAGGUAAAAUGGACAGCGGGACCACGGCAAGACACAGCUUCAGAACACACUGUUCAUGAGGUGGUGUGAUGGGGGUUAAGGGAAAUAGGCAGGAAAAGCAGAUUCAAGCAAAUGUUCCCUUAAUGUGGUACAUCGUGCUUCAUCUAGUAGUGCAAUUGGGAAGGAGACCAUUAGCAUGUUUGCUGGCACUGGUUUAACGACAGCAGUAGCUGGAAUGCAAACCCUUGCCCAGCAAAGUGCGAAGCAGAAGGUGUUCUGGUAGUCAGGACAGUGAUGUUUCAGCUCUGACACUCUGAUUCAUAUGGCUUGGUCAACAAGAAUCAGAAUCAUGUCUAUUAGACUGGACAGCUUGUGGCAGUUAAUUUACCUGUAACAAGCUACUUUUUAUUAAUAUUGUAAAUACUAUGUGUAUAUAUAUUUGUACAGUUAUCUAAAUUAAUUUAAAGUUUUGUGCCUUUGUUUAAUGCUUUGAAAUUUCAAUGAUAGCCUUCUUUUUUGGAACAAGAUAGGUAGGAUUUAAAGCUUGUUUGACAAUGCAUUCAAAGCAUGAAAUAGAUACUCUAGUGGAAAUUGUUCUGAUAGGGCCAAAUGGUGAGUUGAGAUCUAGAUUGUUAGGGUCGAAGUGCCUAUAUCCUUACAAAGCAUUCAUCUAGCAAAAUACAUUUACUUUCACUUUAUUGGACCAGUGGCUUUAAGAAAAAAUGGCUCUUCUGUAGCUCAUCAGUCUUUCCACUCGAGCAUUUGUUUCUUUCUUUGACUAUGGCUCUUUUUGGACAGUUUUUUUUGUGUUGAGAAGUGUGACCAAAAGUUACAUGUUUGCACCUUUUUAGUUGAAAAUAAAGUAUUUAUAUUUUUUAUAUAAA